UCUACCUAGCAACUACGCUUGUACAGCUUGGCUUUCCAUAUUGCCUUGGGACAUAUCUUCUUGUGUCUAUCUCAAUGCUCUGCUCAGACCACACCCCAGCACGCCCCGCCAAGGCUGGAAGUGUACAACCAACACGCGCCAUGCUCCCCAAACACACCACUCACAUGGCACCCACACCCCGACGACCUCAGACACAAUGAGGCUACGCGUCCCCUCAGCAUGGCAGAGCAUUGCCGUGCUCGUCCUACUAUCCGGUGUAGCACAAGCCUCGCUCGGUGACAGGCUGCCGGACUUCAAGGACUGCUUACAGGUCUGCACAACAGCCAAUUGCGGCACAAACCCAACUCCCAUCCCCCUCCACCGCCGCCUCCUCCUCUGGACCUGCCCCGCAGAAUGCGACUACACAUGCCAGCACAUCGUCACGGACAAGCGCCUCGCCCGCGACCCGCCGUACAUGCACCCGGUCUACCAAUUCCACGGCAAAUGGCCCUUCUACCGGUUCCUAGGCCUGCAGGAGCCCUUCAGCGUCAUCUUCUCGCUGCUGAAUUUCCUCGCGCACGACUGGGGCAUGGCGCGCGUGCGCGAGCGCAUCCCCGCGAGCUACCCGCUGCGCAAAUACUACAUCAUGUUUGGGUACGUGGGGCUGGCUAGCUGGACGUUCAGUAUGGUGUUCCAUGCGCGCGACUUUGGGGUUACGGAGAAGUUGGAUUACUUCGGGGCGGGGGCGAAUGUGCUGUAUGGCAUGUACUAUGCGCCGAUCCGCGUGUUUAAGCUGGCGGGCGGGGAUGCGAGGGCGCAGUCGCUGCGUAGGGCGUGGACGGGACUUUGCGCCACGCUGUAUGCGCUGCAUGUGCUGUACCUGUCGCUGUGGUCGUGGGACUACACGUACAAUAUGGCUGCGAAUGUCGUUGUCGGCGCGCUGACGAACAUCCUCUGGGCGGGGUUCAGUUACGUGCAGUACCAGCGGAUUGGGCGCGCGUGGGCUGUGUGGCCCGGUGUGUGCGUCGCCAUCAUUAUCUCGGCGAUGAGUCUGGAGUUGAUGGAUUUCCCGCCGUGGCAGGGUGCGAUUGAUGCGCAUAGCUUGUGGCAUUUGGGGACGGUGCUGCCGACUGUGCUGUGGUACAAUUUCCUCGUUAGAGACGCUCAGGAAGAUAUGGCAGGUACGCGCCUCAAACGAUAGUGCAGCGCUUCUUUGGUCCUGCUUACCAUAUGCGUGUCAGGAAAACUGCCGACGACUAAUUAUGGCACAGGGUCUCGGAAGGAG